UAAAGCUCUAAUGAUUUGCAUCUUCCGCUUAAUACUUGUACCUUUUUGGAGAUUCAACCAUUUCAUACGUGAAAAAAAGACCUCUCUCUUUCUCUGAUGAUCUGGAUCUUAAUCGGCGUCGGUUCUCCCUCCACAAACAGAAAGUCUGCUUUUCAUCAGACUCCGAUCGAUUAUUUGUUCCAAUUUACCUGAUAAUUAGUAGUUGUUUGUAGUAGUAAAUUCAUAGGAGAAAAUGCAUUCACAUCACUUGCAACUCGAGGAACCUAUCCGAAUGGCUUCAAUUCUCGAGCCUUCUAAACCUAGCUUCUUUCCCGCCAUGACGAAGAUCGUCGGAACCUUGGGACCGAAAUCGCGAUCUGUUGAAAUCAUUUCGAGCUGCCUUCAAGCUGGGAUGUCAGUUGCAAGGUUUGAUUUUUCAUGGGGUGACAUGGAAUUUCAUCAAGAGACACUGGAAAAUCUUAAGAUGGCUAUCAGGAGCACAAAAAAACUAUGUGCUGUGAUGUUGGACACUGUGGGUCCAGAGUUGCAAGUUGUCAACAAAACUGAGCAUCCUAUUUCUCUGGAAGCAGAAACCUUGGUCAUUCUCACACCCGAUCAAGAAAAAGAAGCCACUUCCAAUCUUUUACCAAUAAACUUUAGUGGGCUUUCAGAGGCAGUGAAGACUGGUGAUACAAUUUUCAUUGGUCAAUACCUGUUCACAGGAAGUGAAACAACUUCAGUAUGGUUGGAGGUAAAUGAGGUGAAAGGAGAUGAUGUUGUUUGUUUGAUAAAGAAUUCUGCUACUCUAUCUGGUUCGUUAUUCACCUUGCAUGUAUCCCAAAUACGUAUUGAGCUGCCAACUCUCACUGAUAAAGAUAAAGAGGUUAUUAGCACAUGGGGAGUGCGUAACAAGAUAGACUUCCUUUCUUUGUCAUAUACACGUCAUGCAGAAGACAUUAGACAUGCUCGUGACUACCUCUCAAAAUCGGGUAAUCUCAGUCAAACUCAGAUUUUUGCAAAGAUUGAAAAUUUUGAGGGGUUAACCCAUUUUGAUGAGAUCCUACAGGAAGCAGAUGGUAUAAUCCUUUCUAGAGGAAACCUUGGUAUCGAUCUACCUCCAGAAAAGGUGUUUUUGUUUCAAAAGGCAGCUGUUUACAAGUGUAAUAUGGCUGGAAAGCCUGCAGUGAUUACCCGUGUUGUGGACAGCAUGACUGACAACUUAAGGCCCACUCGAGCAGAAGCAACUGAUGUUGCCAAUGCUGUAUUGGAUGGAAGCGAUGCAAUUAUUCUAGGUGCUGAGACUUUGCGAGGAUUAUACCCUGUUGAUACUAUCUCCAUUGUUGGUAAAAUUUGUGCAGAGUCAGAGAAGGUAUUCAAUCAAGAUUUAUACUUCAAGACGACUGUUAAAUAUGUUGGAGAACCCAUGUCCCAUUUGGAAUCCAUUGCUUCCUCUGCGGUGCGUGCUGCCAUCAAGGUCAAGGCUUCUGUUAUCAUCUGUUUCACAUCAUCAGGGAGAACUGCAAGAUUGAUUGCAAAAUAUAGACCAACUAUGCCUGUCAUCGCUGUUGUCAUUCCUCGGCUCAAAACAAAUCAAUUACGAUGGACAUUUACUGGCGCUUUUGAGGCAAGACAAACUCUUAUUGUUAGAGGCCUCUUUCCAAUACUUGCAGAUCCCCGACAUCCGGCCGAGUCAACAGGUGCAACAAAUGAGUCAAUCUUAAACAUCUCACUGGAUCAUGGAAAAGCCAUUGGUCUCAUCAAGUCCCAUGAUCGUGUUGUCAUUUGCCAAAAGGUUGGUGAUGAUUCUGUCGUCAAAAUCAUCGAGCUUCAAGAGUAAAGACUAAUAAGUCACUAAAUUACCUUUUAUGAGGUAUUUCUGAUUCGGCUAAUGAACAAUUUGACAUGUCUGUACAAUAAAUACACAUAUUCUGCAACUAGCCAGAAAGAAAAACAACCAGAUUAUGUCAUUCCAUUUGAAAUAUUCAUCACCCAGAAUGAUUCAACAAAA